AGCAUGUUGUGGAUCAGACCACUCCAUUUUGACCAUUGAAUGACUCGGGAGAUUAUACUAUGGUCAUUCUAUAUCCAUCAUUAUCCCGGUCGUCAUGGACGCCACCCCUCGCCCGAAUUCUAGCAACGUAACUGUUGAAUACACGGAUCCCUCCAACCUAUUCCCCUUAGUAGAGCCUCUAUUGCUAGAGGUUCGGCAGCUACGAAAUCUUCAUUGGAAGUCCCCCACUCGGCCUCUUCGGUCCAUUGGAUGUCUACAAAUCGACUUUGUCGCAGCCCAAACCCCCGAAGAACGGAAGCGACUCAGCGAUGGCACCAGUGGCGCAGCUACACAUCGGCGACACCAAAUACCGGGCCUACGUCGAACACCUUACUUGAAAAUCUACUUGCUACGCUGCGAUGAUAACGAGACCUACAAGGCAACGUCGAGGAAGCUUGUGCGGGAGUGGGUCAAAGCAAAGGGCAGCGGCUCCCAGGAUAACCAUGAUGCCUGUGAAUGGCUGGUUAUACAUGUUGUUGAGGCCAAUGGAUCUCGUGCUGAAGUCCCUGAGAAGCCAGGUCCUAUGGCAAAGUGGCCCGGACGCAGUUCGACCUCCGUUCUUGAGAAGCUUAAGGCAGAUUUCAAUGGGUCUUCGAAAAGCGCAAUCGACCGUGUUGUUCAACUGAAAAUACCUACGCCCGAUGCCAAUAAACGACUACCAGAAUUAUCUGUACAAUUGGAAGAUCUUGUUACCAAACUGAAAUCUUCCAUCUUGACGUCGUUUGACCUUCGGGUGGCGCAAUAUGAGGAAGACAUCAGAGAGAAGGAUUCGCAAAGGAGCCUACCCGGUUGGAACUUUUGCACAUUCUUCAUACUCAAAGAAGGCUUAGCACUGGGAUUCGAGAAUGUUGGACUGUACGAAGAUGCGCUGGUCGGCUACGAUGAACUUUCUGCUGGUCUUGAUGCCGCGCUUCGAGAUCAGAUGUCUGGCGCAGGGGAUCAACAUGGAGGAACACUUCUUGCAUACAGCGAGGAGAUGAAGUCCCGCGCUGAAGCUGCUCUUUCUUCGGGUGUUGCAGCUCCUGAAAACACAUCUGCAGACCGUGGCGAGAACCCCGAAGCUGAUGAAACACCAUCAAAGCAUAGCACAUUUUCAGACCCUGUUGAGCUAGACCCAGAAGAUUUUCCUUGCAAUCCACACAAAAGGCCAUAUCGUGAUAUGAUUGUAGCCAACAACAUCUCCGUGUUUGAUUUCCGCGCCUACAUAUUUUCAAGACAGAUGCAGCUACUCUUGAAAGCUGCUGAGGUCCCAUCAUCAGCGAAGACAAGCCUCUCUGGGCAGCAAGGAACUAAAUCCAAGGAGACGCAUGAUUUGGCUCUUCUCGCAGAGAUAUGUGAUCGUGCCAGCGAAUUUGUUACUCUUGCCUCGCGGAUAUUGCGCAGAGAUUUAGCGAACGCGGUAUCACAACUUGAAAAAAAGUACGAUGAGAAUGCCGUAGCAGAGGUUGUCGACAAUCUUGUAUACUCAUGGUCAUAUGCUACCGUGUCUCAAGUUCUUGUCCAAACUUCUGUUGGCGCUUUGGACGUUCCACGUGUGUCGCUCAGAACCAGUAAAGAUCUGGCAGAUGCAUCAAUUCUCACUUCUUUUGGUGGCGAAUCACGGGAUGGGGUGCCUCAGCGUUCGAGUUCGCUGAUUACCGCGCCUACGAGCCAUAUGAACUCGCCGAGACCUGACUCCCCCCAUUCAUUUGGAUUUAAUCCUAGUUCGCCCGCGAAGAGGUCAUUGACUGCUCUGAUUGAGAAUGAAGCUACAAUAAAGAGGGCCGGUGCAAUUGAAUUGGCGUCGGCAAGAGGUGACUUAUGUAUCCUUGCAAGACGUAUUCUCGAAACUCUGGGCCGCAAGAGAGGAUGGGACCAACGUUGGCACGACUUAUCUCUACUCUUUGACGAAGACGACACUCAGGCUACGACAUUUAUUGAAGUUUCCCUGAAUAACCAGGAUAUCGCAUCGAGAGACCAGCCUGCUACAGCACAAAAACCCCCUCCCCUGCUGGCAGGUAUAGAGACACCAAUACUUCAGGAAGCGUUGAAGUCUGUCGACCAGUUUAAUUUAUAUUACGAGAAACUUACCGAUGAAAUAUUUCGCCAUCAUGUUGCUGCAACCAGAAUCAAAUCGGCUGAAAGCGCCAUGGCGGAUAUGGCUCUAUGGAAAUAUCGGCAAGAAGAUUACGCAACAGCUGCUUCGUAUUUCAACCACCUAGCUAGUUUUUACGGGGAUAACAAUUGGGAAGCCCUAGAAGGGGUGAUGCUUGAGUUGUAUGCGCGAUGUCUGAAGAAAUUGGGUCGGAAAGAAGAUUUCGUUCGUACAUCGUUUAAAUUGCUAGGAAAGUAUACCGGAACGAUUAUAUCGAAAUCUAAACCGGAAAAUCAACGUGAAAAAGUUAGUCUACCCGCAGAGUCUAAGGUUCCUGAAUAUAUGAGCGAACUCUUUGAGGCGUCUCGCGCUCUUCCGAAAAAUUACGCCCUCCGGCUACGAGAUUUCUUUGCCACUCCUACGAUAGACCCACGGAUUAUCCAUUUUGAUGAUAAGGAUGGCUUUCAGCUACAAGUGUCGUUAAGAUUACUUCUUGCAGAAAACAUCACAAUCGAUUGCGUGAAAGUGCGACUGGUUAAUAGUUCCGACAUUAAAAUGAACGAAUUAUGGUUGGAAACUCCAGGCCAAGUUGUCGUCAGAGAAUCAACCACCAAAGUCUUGCUUGAGACCCCUACGACAGCUCAAGGCGAAUACUUUGUUGACCGCAUUGAAUUGCGCGUGGGGAAUAUUAUUUUCGCACAUGGUGCGAGUACUGAAGACUCUCUUUCUCCUACGUACAAAGACCUUUCCAACAGAGAGUCCGCAGACGAGAAUAUUCGGACGUCUAUUAUUUGUUAUCCGCGAGCGGCUGGGAUCGAGGCAAAAAUCUCCCAUCCAUCUCUCAUCGACUUGGGUGGUCGCAGGUCAAUAGAAAUCGAUCUAACCAGCGGAUCCAAUAGGAUUAACAAUGGCGUCAUUCGACUAAAGCCCGCAACGGCUGGCCUGAGGCUCCUUGUUUCGGAGAUGGAAAUUGUAAACGGCUUCAUAAAAUUUCGCCAGAAUGCUACGUCGGGGCAUAUUGAGUUCUCCGAAUUCGGCCCCGACGCUUCUACCACACUGGGCAUACCAUACACAGUGGAAGGAAGCCAGAGCACCUUGAUUAUCCGUUUAGAAAUCGAGUAUCAGACCGACAACGGAAAAUUUCUAUAUUUAACGGCGAAAUCGGUUUUGACCACUUUGCCGGUGAGCGUCAAUGUCCAAGAUGUAUUCAUGCACGAUGCCCUCUUUUCAAGGUUUACGAUAAGUCCGGCGAUGAUGAUACCCCUCAAAGUGUUUGACUGCCAAAUGCCGGGCACCCAGUCAUUUUCUGUUCAGUCUAGUAUGCUGCCGGGAGAGAUAUUCGACGUAUUCCCCAAACAACCUGCGUCCUUACUUUAUAAGAUCAAACCUGAAGGAAAGAGCAAAGAACGUGGCUCACGUGCACUUCGACUAACUGUUGAUUUCACUUGUCUGAACGAGGAGUGCCUUGCGACCCUCGAAAAUCAAUUCAAAAAAGAUCUGGAGAAAAGUCCGUUUUCGCACCUUCGUUGCCUCCUGUUGCCGCAUCUUCUAGGAGCCUUUAGUUCUCAAUGGACAGCAGAUUCUCUGGAAAAAAUAGGGCUGCUACGAGAAAUCGACGUGUUCCCUUACGAACGAAUGCAAUGGCAAGCGGUCACUCGAACGCUUGGCCGAGGGUUAGAACAACAGGUCACAGAAUGGCUGACCCUUUGGCACAAGCAACGUCAAGUCUUACCUCUUCAAGAUAGACCGCCCCCCAAUACCCUUAGACAAAUUGUUAUUCCAGUGGAUAUGCCAGAGAUCCAAGUAGUCCACACCGCAGAGCUUGUACUGCACAAUAUCUCUCCCAGCCAACCUCACGCCGCAGUGGGAGAGGCUAUCCGUGCGGAGCUGAUCCUGCGACAUACGCGCCGAUGGUGCCCUGAAGAUGUGCGGGAGCCCCAGGCAGAGUUGGAAUUCAUGUACGAGAUCAUCACUAAUACAGAUAUCUGGCUUGUGGGCGGCCGGCGACGCGGGAAUUUUACCGCCUCCGAAGGACAAACACGGUCGUUUCCGCUCAUGCUAAUACCCCAAGUACCCGGUCAUCUAAUUCUUCCCAGUGUGGAAGUUAAGACCUUCGUUGCACAGCAAUCGCAGGCCGACCCUCUAGCACUUCCCCAGCGGCGACCAAUCUCUUCGGAGGUUGAUUAUCGCAGUCAUGGGAUGACGAUACUCGUGACGCCGAAUCUGAGCAAGACAACGGUCAGUGUAGACAUGGUUGGGCCGUCCGGGAGUGGUGCCUGGUUAAUAGACUCUGAGAAGCGGGUCGUUCCGGCAAGCUGAGCUAAAUAUAUCCAUUGACCCAGGGAAAAUGGCUUGAGAAAUGUUGCUAUGAGAUUUUUGGAAGAAAGUUGGGCUUGCGGCUUGCAACCAUGGGCUCCAGAUUCGCCCCGGUGUGGUGAUGUAUGUAACUACCGCAUCAUCAAAUGAUACCCAUGCUGUCUGUAUAUACAUACGAUGUUAAAUGCAUGUUACUUUCCUAAAGA